UUAUUUUUUUAAACUUAAGUUAAUUUUGUAAAUAUUUUCUUAACUCUUUCUUAGAACUGCAUUUCAUGGUUGCUACAACUGUUGUGUUUGGCGCAUGUGACAAAUAAGAAUUGAUUUGACCUUCGAGAAGUACAGGUAUAGGAAUAAAGACACCUCUUUCACAAGUGAAAUGUCACCCACCUCUUAAACGGAGAACAAUGUAUUGAGAGCAUUACCUUAGAGCAAUUAGAUGUAAUGGGGCUAGAUUGGAACACUUAAUGCAGGGCCAGCAUUUUCCUAUACAUGACUGCGUUUCCCUAAACCACUUCCAGCUUACCAGAGUUUGCAUUGAGACUGAAUUUGGCUAAAAGCUUCUGGUCCACUUAGUUGGCGUGCUAGAAAGGCUUGAAACACAUUUGAAUGUCCUUGGUUAUAAUGAUGGGUAUUGAUAAUGUCCACAACGGGUUCUAUUUGUCGUCAGUUAUCCCUUUUGGUUCUGAAAACAUUUGAAAAAUACUACUUUAGUCGGCGUAACGUCAAGUGAAUCGGUUCCGUUAGCUUGCAAUGUUUAGGACAAAAUGUCAUGAACUGAGUGGAAAUGCAAAUGUAUUUAUUUAAACCUUAAAUGGGUAACUCGGCACAGUCUUUCAUAGUGGAAACAUGAGUGACUGUGUGUGGAACCCGUUUGCAGGGUAAACAGUCCAAAAGGAGCCACUGCUUCCCCCCUAUGAACCGGGAGCACAGGAAGCUAGUCCACGAGCUGGCCGAGGCCUACAACGUGGAGAGUGUGAGCUACGACAGCGAGCCCAAACGCAACGUAGUCAUCACCGCCAUCAGGGGGAAGUCUGCCUGUCCUAACUCAACCCUGACCUCCCUGAUGGAGCGAGACACUGGGGUCCCGAGGGCUCCUCCACCCAUUGCCCAUAUCAAACAUAGCAGCAAGGCUGACAGUGUGAGCAGCUGGUCCAAGGCAGUCAAAGAAGAGCCGGUGAUCGACUACUUCGAUGUCCAGGAUUAAUAAAGGCACAAAAGAAGAAAGCCUCGUGAUGUAACUGAUCUAAACUAAGAAUGCGUCUGCUGCCCGUCGAUUUUUGGAAAUUUGUGAUGCUAUUUCCCCUCCCUCAUUUAGGUUAUUUUUCUCUUGAAGGCCAACACAUGUCACUGCAAUAGUAUUUGGGGUUAUUGGGUGUUAUGUUUGAAACUGUGCCAUGAACAUCAUUGUUCGGUGGCAUUACAGUGCUUUCUUCCCGCAAAUGCGUACUCCAGACUGAAAAUAAUAAUUGAUUGUGUUUUUAUAGGUAGUAAUUCUCACUUGUUCUCAACGCAGGACUACCAGUAUGUUGUAUUCUGCUGAUAUGUUGUAUUCUACGAGGGGACGUGCCAUACACCUUAUUUCAAUAAAGCAAUUUUUCAAUGGA